AGUACGGACGGAAAUAAGAACACGGCUGAAAGUUAUCUGCGCCCCGAGGCGUUUCACUAUGUUGCGCAACUAGCGUGCGUGAACAGGGAUCUGACAACGGAACUGUGACAUUCAUAAGCGCCGUGGCAGUGUCAUCCUCUCCCAUGGAUCGGAUGGAUUAAGCGCCAAAACCGCCGCGAUCACAACUGUUGCGUGCAGUAUAGUGACAGCUGUUGCCGUGCGCGCCGAUGAGUUCCCAUCGCUCGCUGAGCUCCGCCAAGCGCGGUAUGGCGUGCGCGAGUAGUCAACAGGUGAAAUACAUAUACGAGCUGCCCUACGCUCAGCGGAACAAGCUGUGCAGACUGUUAGACGCCGGCGGACGCUGGAAGGAACUGGGUUUCAACUUUAUGCACAUGGACCAAAUAAGCAUGAGCCUUAUGGAACAAGCCAUCCUAAGAAAAGAAAGCCCAACCGACGAACUUUUGCACAAGUGGGGUGAAAAAAAUGGCACGGUGAAUCAGCUGUUUGUUUUUUUAUACAAAAUGAGGCACAUGCAGGCAAUGCUCAUAAUCGUGGACUUUGUAAGCCCAAAGUACCAUUACCUCCUGGAUAGAGAGGAAAAGACCCAGUUGGAUAGCGCACUUCUGAGCAGCGGCAGCAACCUGUACCUUCACUCAUCUCCGAUGCUCAAGGGCACUGCACCGCCACCUGAUUCAAUGAUGGGCGGCGCUGCUUAUAGCAAGAACUUUUACCCCGACGACUGCCACAUGAACAUGGACAAAGGGAACUCUCAAGCCAAGGUGAACAGCUCCAAGGUGAAGAUGGUGUACUCCGGACUGCCAGGGCAGGGUAGCAGAAGCCCUUUGCAAGUUCCUCAUGGCACAUUUCCUUCGGUCAGCAACAACUGCUAUGCCAAUGGGAAUAAUCUAUACCCCCAGCUUUCAAAGUUCCAACCACGUGAAGAACCGAAACCAGGCAGUCCAGAAGAAAAAGUGCAAAAUGUUGGCUCUGAAAAACCUCAAAGUGCAGAAGGAAAGUCCAACAGGCAAGGAGGGGCAUGCGCUGCCACAAAGGAACCAAUCGAACCGAAGACUGCUGUGAAUACAAUACCUUACGAGGAACUAAAGAAAGCCACGGAGGGCUUCAGUGAUAGCAAGAUUCUUGGGAAGGGAGGCUUUGGAACAGUAUACAAGGGUUGUUGGAAGGACACUGUAGUAGCUGUUAAAAGGUUACAUGUGAAAGAAAAAGAUGGCAACAUACUACAGCAGCAGAGCUUCAAGCAGGCACUGACCGAGAUGAAUGUGCUACAAAGCUGCCGCAUCGACAACAUUCUACCCCUCUAUGGCGUCUCUCAUGAUGGACCAGAACCCUGCAUUGUCUACCAGUUUAUGCCAAACGGCUCUCUUGAAGACAGGCUUCGUUGCAAGCACAAUACGCCAAGUCUAAACUGGACGCAACGAGCAACAGUUGCCAAGGGUGUCGCACGUGGUCUCUAUUUUCUCCACACUAAUCUAGUUGAUGGCAAGCCCCUCAUUCACGGUGAUAUAAAAAGUGCAAACAUUCUUCUUGACGCCAACUUGGAGCCGAAAAUAGGAGACUUUGGCUUGACUAGAUGUGGACCUGAAGCGGAUAAGUCCAUGGUAGUUGUGUCCCAUGUUCACGGCACCAGAUACUACCUUCCUCACGAGUACCUGAAGAGUAGGCAGCUUUCAACCAAGGUGGACAUCUACAGCUACGGAAUUGUACUUCUAGAGCUUGCGACCAGUAAGCAUGUUUAUGACAGGCGACGCAAGACCCGAACACUGAUUGAAACGGUCCAAGACUGUGCACAGAGCAACCAGCUGGACAGUCUAAGAGACACAAAUGCCGGUGACGAAAACCAAGUCAUAUUCAGUCUGCUCAUACAUCUGGGCCAGAAGUGCUCGAGCUAUGACAGGAAGGACAGGCCAGAGAUGGAACAGGUGCUUCAGCAGUUUAAGGAAAAUCCGAAUGAAGCAGUUCGAAGGCUUUCUCAGGGCACACUGAUGCCUCCCAGUCAACCUGGAAGUCCAUCCCCUUUCGACCUACAGAGGUGGUAUGAUAUUCGGCAGGGCCAGGCCACAAAGCCCACUUUCCUGACACCCGUCACUCCUCUGUCCACCACCCCAACCAAUGUAGCUGCAGCAAGCCCCAAGAUGUCACCCACAUUCCCACCGCGUGCUGUGCUGCCUUCGAUGUCUCCUCCUGCAGCUGUGGAAAAGGAAGUUGUCCCGGAAGCCUGUCCACCAGUGAUGACAGAGCCACCCAUGUCAUCGCCAGAGAACCAGUUGCCCAUAGUUUCUAUACUCGGUGUGACUCAGAGCCUAGCACAGCAAUCCAGCGAGAGCAGCGCCAGAGAUAGAGCAGGCAACUCAGUUGCCACCUCUGCAGCGGCACAGUUACACAGACCAAUGGUCAUUACCCACGACUUGACUGGCGGGGAGCUUGAAAUGCCUAACCUUGAUGAUUUAGAAUUCAGUAACUUGAGUCUUUUAGAUGAUGAUGACGAUGAGGAAGAUUACAACAGCCAGUACACCGGCAUUGAGAGCAAGAGUGAGACAGAUGUGUAAGUCGCCUCUAAGCGCUUCUACAGCUGUCAUCAGUCAUGUACAGUUUGAGCUGUGCAUAGCAAGUUUUCAUGCAUGAGAUCACAUGCACUGAAUGUGAAACAGUAAAUCUCCUUCCUAGGUGCAAGGAAUCUGUGAAAACUUGUCGUGGUGGUCUAGUGAAUAUGGUGCUUCAAUGCUGACACAAGAGUCGGGGGUUCGAAUCCUGGCCGGGGCAGUCACAUUUCAAUAAAGCCUGGUGUACCGAGUUUUAGGCGCACUCUCAAAAACCUCAAAUGGGUAAAAUUUUCAGAGACCUGCUAUGGCGUCCUUCAUGAUCGUAUUGUGGUUUCAGAAUGUUAAACCCCAACCAUUUUUAUUUCUAAGAACCCCUGCAAAAAUUUUAUGCGCAACCAAUUAUUCACUGUCCUUAAAUGGGCAAUAGUAUUGUUGAAGCACCCUGCAGAUAUUUCAUCCGGUGGAAUGGAAAUCUCUUAACAUGUUACUGUACCAACUUUGAAUAUUGUUCUGAAAUUUUCCUGUAGCAAUUAUUGCUAUUGUAAAUGUAGACGAUCACCAUGGUUGCGAUUUUGUUGCAAUGCCGCCUGCUUCAUUUUACGCCACUGGUGUUGCCUACCGUACACGGCCAGCGUAGUGAACUAAUAACGCAGGUGGAGAGUUGUUCAGUCCGCUCACAAACAAGGAUAAUUAGUAUUGAAAUUGGUAUUGCUGCAGAAAAGUGGCCCAUGCCUCUCUGUCUGUAGGGUACAAGUGUAAUAAAUCCAUGCAACAUUGUUUUUCCAUCAAAUACUGGGACCGAACCUACAAUAAAAAAAGGGCCUAAAGAAAAGACAAGGUCACCACUGGAACCUGCUUUAUCUUGCCAGAAGUCCACGUUAAUUUGAGAGCUCUGAAUAUAUGUGAAAAACUGCCUGCCAUCUGUUUUGCCUGCCAAAAAAUUGAUCUAGAAGGGAAUCUAAUACACGGGCACUUUCGUUCAUGCCGAGCUGGAUUAGGCUCGAUUUCAAUGAGUUGUUGCUACACGGUUAGCUUUAAUUGCAAUCAGGCCCUUAUAGAAUCAAGACGAUCACGAUUUGACAGACGUCAGUGCAAAGUGCAGUACAUUUUAGUUUGGACCAUGUAGCAGCAACCGUUAUUGAUCACGAUCAAUAAAUUUGAUCUGGAUCAACACUGGUCGCAAUCAAGUGCCCAGGGGACAUCCAUCUAACAUAAUAAGUAAAAGUGCAAUAUAUCAGUGCCUUUCAGCUGCUGUGAUAAAAGUUGACCAAUAAAAAGAUCUUGGUCAUGUCACAAAACAUUUUCUCGCAAAUGAAUUUGUUGAAUGUAAUAAAUAGCCUGCUCAUUUUUUUAUGCUUUGCUGUAUAGUCAUGUUCAGCAGAAGCAGCACCUUGUACAGAAUGUGAGAGUAUGUAUAAAGUUUCAAUUAUUGCGAAAAGAGAUGUAUAUGCAGCAAGGUGACGAACAGCAGAAGUAAUCUUGAUUGUCUUGUUUCGAAAACCAUGAUAAGACUGCACUAAUAUGUCGCAGUAAACCACAUCAAAGUAUUUUAUUCACAUGCUCAAAUCACAACCUGACUUGUUGCAUUUAUUUACUUCUGUGUGCCAUGAUCAAAAAUAAAGGCACAAGCAAAAGAUCUGCAUCCGUUUUUUACAUCUUCUGACAACACUUAUCUUUGGAUAUGCACACAAUUUAGCUUUCUCUCCACCUCUUACAAAACCAUGAUAAGACUGCACUAAUAUGUCGCAGUAAACCGCUUCAAAGUAUUUUAUUUACAGGCUCGAAUCACAGCCUGACUUGUUGCAUUUAUUUACUUAUGUGUGCCAUGAUCAAAAAUAAAGGUACAAACAAAA